AUGAUACAGCCUGCAGGUUAUGAAAGAGGCCUCCCUGGAGAGGAGUCACUCUUCCAGCUGGGAACACGCAAGAGAAACCAGAGCUCGCUCAGCUGGCCAGCGCUCCGGCUUCCUGUCCAAGUGUUUGUGGCUCGGCUUCCUGCUGACGGAAGGGCGGCCGGCAGCUCUCCUCUGACAUCCCGGGAGGUGGCUCCCAGGGCCCCGGCCGCCAAGCACGUCCAGCUGGCACCAACUGAGGAGCCGCCGCUGCGCUCAGUGCAGCUUCCCCCUGACAGCCCGCCGCCACCCCGCCGUGGCGCCGGAUGUGCGACGGAGGCCCCAGGUUUGGAGGGUUUCCGGGACUGGCCGGGUCACCCUGCGGCUGGGCCAUGCCUGGCAACCCCACCCUUCCUGGCAGCCGGGCCUCCUCCUCGGCCCUCUGAACGUCUGCCAGCGGCCGGGAAGGGAGAGGGUGGGCAGAGGGGAUGGAAGGUCCUGUUGGGCCGUGCGCCCUGGGUGCUGGGGACGGACAGGGGCGGGCAGGCCACUGGGCCCCCUCCACCCAGGGGUUCCCGCCGACCGCAGGCCUGGGAGAGCCGCGCGCGCCCCCUCGUGGGCGGCGUGGUGCGCGAGCCCUGCAGCUGCCCGGGCCCCCCGGGGUGA